AUGGAGAAGGAGGAGGAGACCCGGGAGAUCCUGCUCCCCAACUGGCAAGGCAGCGGCUCCCACGGCAUCACCAUCGACCAGACGGAUGACGGGGUCUUCGUCAAGCGAGUGCAGCAAAACUCCCCGGCUGCUAAGAUGGGCGUCGUGAAGGAAGGGGAUCAGAUCGUGAGCGCCACGGUUUAUUUUGACAACCUGCAAUCCGGGGAAGUCACGCAGCUGCUCAACAGCAUGGGCCACCACACGGUGGGCUUGCGCUUGCAACGGAAAGGGGACAAGUCUCCACUGCCGGGACAGUCAUGGUCACACGACGUGUUUACAGCCAGCAGCCCAGAAGUCGUUCUGAGUGGAGAUGACGAGGAGUACAGGAGGAUUUACACGACGAAAAUCAAACCCCGGCUGAAGUCGGAGGAGGCGGUGGAAACGGAGUGCGGUGGAACGCAGAGCAGGACCAUUACGGUCACCAGAAAAGUGACGGCGUACACCGUCGAUGUCACUAGGCAUGACGGAGCAAAAGAUGUUGACGUCAUCGGCCCGGACUUUAAAAUCCGGAUCCCGACCCAGGAGAUCACCCACGUGAUGAAGAGCGACAUUGAAACCGAGCCUGAGAAAACCGUGAUCAAAAUGGCACCGGGGGAUCUGCCUGGGAGAAGCACCCAAGCCAUAGACCGGAGCACGGACAUCAGAGGGGCCCCUCCUGGACCAACGGUUGAAUCUUCUGCCCAGAAGUUGGAUGUCCACCUCGGCGAGGCUCAGUUCGGAAAGCCCGGGAUAACCAUGUCGGGGACGCAAACGAUGGGCGUUCACCUGAGGACUCAGAUGGACCCUCAACUGCCGGAGAGCCAAGUUCCUGGUGGGGAAACUGGAAAAUCUGUUACGGUGGAGGUGCCGGGACGUAUCGUUUCUGGCACGGCGUUCCUGGGGCCCCAGGGCAGCUCGCCCAGAAUCGAAACAAAUGGACAGAUGGGGAACCUGGACGGAGGUUUUUACAUCAAGGGUCCCAGGCUGGAUGGCAAAGGACACGUUUGUGGCGUGGAUGUCCAAGGGGAGCUGCUGGGGGGGACGCUGUCACACGCUGAUGCUUCUGCCCCUUGUCUUCAGGGAGGUAUCAAAGCCCCCGGAGUUGACGUUUCUUUACCGGCGAUGGAAAAUCCAGCUGUCGAUGUGGGAAAAAUCAAGAUUCCCGUUAUGAAAAUGCCCAAAUUUGGGUUCCCGACCACGGGAUCUGGCAUCGAAGCUCAAGCCCCGCAGGUGGGCACCGAUGUUCCUGCGCCAAAGCUGCAGGCUCCGUGCGUGGACGUUGUCUCCUCGUCUGUCCAGGUCGCGGGACCUGAAGUUUCAGCUCCUUCAGUUAAAGUCCCAAAGCCACAGGUGGACAUGGGGUUGAAGGGUGCUGUGAAGGUCCCCUCCCCAGCACUGGAGGUCCCCGGCAUGGGUAUCAAAGGACCCGGCGUCGAGUUCCCGGCUUCUGAUGCAGAUGUUCACGGCGGCAAGGGAAAACUCAAAAUGCCACACAUGAACUUUCCAAAAUUUACUGCCUUGGACUCGCCAGGGGAAGGUCCCGUUGUGGAAAUGGUGCUCCCAAAGGGUGAGGUGGGACCAGCAGCGUCCGAGGUAGAUGUUGGUGUUCCCGAUGUGGCCAUCAAAGGAGAAUGGAAAGGCCCCAAGUUCAAGAAGGUUGAAACGCCCCAAAUCUCUCUGUCGGAUGUAAACCUGAACCUGAAAGGCCCUCAGGUGAAGGGAGAUAUGGGUGUCACGGUCCCCAGAGUGGAAGGGGAUGUCAAAGGACUUGGCUCCAAGGGUCUCAAGAUGGACGUAAAGGCUCCCAAUGUUGAAUUUGAAAGUCCAGAGGGUUAUGUGAAAGGGCCCAGUAUAUCUGGACCAGAUAUGGACAUUAACGUGAAGGGACCUAAGCUGAAGGGAGAAGUGGAUGUUUCUAUCCCAAAGAUGGGUGGCAACUUGAAAGGACCUCAGCUUGACGUUAAAGGCCCCAAACUGGGAAUGGGCAUGCCUGACGUAGAUGUCAAAGGCCCCAAAGUUACGAUGCCAGAGGUACAUGUCAAGACCUCCAAAAUAUCCAUGCCUGACAUCGACUUGAAUCUGAAAGGUCCCGGAGUGAAAGGAGACCUGGAUGUUUCUGCCCCAAAACUGGAAGGGGGGCUGAAAGCACCCGGACUUGACAUCAAAGGCCCCAAGGUUGACAUUGAUGUGCCAGAUGUGGACAUCCACGGUCCAGAAG